CUUUGUGACGCUACCUGUGUUACUAGUGUGCAUGUCCCUUGCUUCUCCCUGCUUUUCCCUCUUUCUUAGCACCUCCAGGCAUGGUCUUCAGCCUGCUGUAGGAUGUGGUCCUUAUCUCCCAGUCCCCCAGCCCCAGCUUUUCCAGACCUGGCUCCUCUCUGUUAGCUUUGCAAUGUCCACAGUACCAGUCCCUAAGUUUCCAGCACCUCUACUCACACCCACCCCAUGAAUUCUUCCUCCUUCACCCACCCCACUACCCUCCCUGGUUCAGGGCUCCUUGCAUUUCCCUGAGACCCAGCUCUCUCCUCUUCUGACACACUUUCCCAGUGAUCAGCCCUCUGUGCAACACGCCAGCUCUGGCAUCACAGAAAACCUGAGAUGAGGAGCCUCCCCUCUCCUCUGCUCUCUGGAUGGAGAGGCGGCUGCCCCCUCCGGAGCGCCUCGAAGGGGGACUGCCCCUGUGCGCGGCUGAGGUCAGACAGAAGAGACGUCAUGGAAAUGCACUCUCCGGGCCCCAGGACAUGGAGAAUUCAAUAGGUUGCUCCGCAGGCUGGAGAGGGAGGGAGAAACCAGAGGGGAGCGAGGGAGAGAAGUGGUGCUGCACGCACAGCCGGGCUGUCCCUGGGCCACGGGCACUGCAUCCCCGGGCAUCUGGCACAGAACCCCGCGGCAGAGCAAGGAUCCUGCUCGUGAGGAGCUGGUGGGGCAGCACCCCACAGAAGCAUCUCUGGGUGGAGCCAGCCUUCCUGGGACUUCGUCAGUCCCCAGGGGCUGCUGCAGCCGGCGCCUUCAUGCCCCGUGAGGAGAGGAGCACGGCACCGGGGCUGGGCCCGGGACUGCGGUGAAGCCCCUCCAGGGGCGCAGCCUGGCUACCCCAUCCCCUUCUCUGAAGGCAAUUGGCUCAUAGCACCUGACCCCUGACCUUCACAAGGACAAAAUGACAACCCUUCAGGAGAGAGAGGAGGCAGCAAACGAACUGGACGGGGGCAGCAGCCCGGAGGUAGUGAUAAGCACCCGCAUUCGUAACUCGCUCGGCUAUGAAGAUUUUGAUGAAUUUGCUUUUAAUUUUGAAGACUAUGAUUUAUGGGAGGCCAUCAGAAACCAUCUGGGCUACUCAGGCGGGGAGCCCACCUGCCACCGUUUUGAAGAUAACCCUGGUGUGAGGAGGCAUCUGAUGAAAAAACCGUCUCGAAGUCAGAUCACCAGGACAAGCAAAAAAUUAGCAUCAACUCCAUCUGUCAAGAAAAAGAAGAAGAAGAAGAAGUUGGAUAGAAAGCCCCAUGAGGUGUUUGUGGAGCUGAAUGAGCUGGUGGUGGAUAAGAACCAGGAGAUGCACUGGAGGGAGACAGCCCGCUGGAUCAAGUUUGAGGAGGAUGUGGAGGAGGACACAGCAAGGUGGGGGAAACCCCACGUGGCUUCGCUGUCCUUCCGCAGCCUGUUGGAGCUCAGGAAGACGAUUGCACAUGGUGCCGUCCUCCUUGACCUGGAGCAGACCACUCUGCCUGGCAUUGCUCACCUCAUGGUGGAGACCAUGAUCAUCUCUGACCAGAUCAGAGCGGAAGACCGAGCCAAUGUGCUGCGUGCCCUGCUGCUGAAGCACAGCCACCCCAAUGAUGAGAAAGAGGGCUUCUUCCCGAGGAACCACUCCAGCUCCAGCAUGAACUCCAUCGUGGGGAACCACCACCACAACCACACCACUGACACUUGCGUGCCCCUCAUGGGGGAAGAGCGCAUUGAGAUGGCUGACCCCAAGGCCAAUGAGACUGAGUGCAAGGAGAAAAACCUGCAUCUCCAUAACACUGAGGGCCACCGCAAAUACCUGAAGCUGAUGGAGAAGAUCCCUGAAGAUGCAGAGGCCACAGUGGUCCUUGUGGGUUGUGUGCAGUUCCUGGAGCAGCCAACUAUGGCCUUUGUCCGACUAAAUGAGGCCGUCUUCCUGGAAUCUGUCUUGGAGGUCCCGAUUCCUGUCAGAUUCAUCUUUGUGCUGCUGGGACCGAGCCAGGCCAACAUGGACUACCAUGAAAUUGGCCGCUCAAUCUCCACCCUCAUGUCCGACAAGCACUUCCAUGAGGCUGCAUACAUGGCAGAUGACCGUCAAGACCUCCUCAACGCAAUCAAUGAGUUCUUGGACUGCAGCAUUGUCAUCCCCCCGUCAGAGGUGGAGGGGAAAGACUUGCUUAAGUCCAUUGCUACCUUCCAGAAGCUGCUGCUAAGGAAGAGGAAGGAGAGGGAGCAGAAGUCCAUGAAGGAGGGGGCUGUCCAGGAAGCCAAAGAGCUGUGUGAAGUGAAAGCUGAGGAAGAAGAGGAGGAAGCUGAGGACGACCCUUUGAAGCGGACCGGGAUAUUUUUUGGAGGUCUGGUUCGGGACAUAAAGCGCAGGUACCCCAAAUACCUCAGUGACAUCAGAGACGCCUUGCACAGCCAGUGUCUCGCGGCCGUUCUCUUCAUCUACUUUGCUGCUCUCUCUCCUGCCAUCACCUUCGGGGGACUCCUAGGAGAGAAAACUGAGGGUCUCAUGGGGGUCUCCGAGCUGAUAAUCUCCACCUCGGUUUUAGGAAUCCUAUUCUCCCUGCUUGGAGCCCAGCCGCUCCUGGUCAUUGGCUUCUCAGGGCCUCUGCUGGUGUUUGAAGAAGCUUUUUACAAGUUCUGCCAGACACAAGGCAUUGAAUAUCUAACAGGCAGAGUCUGGAUUGGUUUGUGGCUCAUCGUCUUCAUCUUUAUUAUCGUGGCAGCUGAGGGAAGCUUCUUGGUGCGCUACAUCUCGCCUUUCACCCAGGAGAUCUUUGCUUUCCUCAUCUCCCUCAUCUUUAUCUAUGAGACCUUCUACAAACUGUACAAGGUGUUUGCAGAACAUCCUCUGCUGAAGUUCUACCCACCAAAUGCGCAGAGCGGCCUGAAUGCCAGCAUGCUCUCUGCAGAUGCGAUGUCCCUGGGAAUCAGGAUGCAGCCCAACACUGCUCUCCUCUCCCUCAUCCUCAUGCUGGGCACCUUCUUCAUUGCCUUCUUUAUGCGCAAGUUCAAGAACAGCCGUUUCUUAGGAGGAAAGGCUCGGCGGAUCAUCGGAGACUUCGGGAUCCCCAUCUCCAUCCUGGUUAUGGUGCUAGUGGAUUACACCAUCACUGACACAUACACGCAGAAGCUGAAUGUCCCCUCUGGCCUGUCGGUCACAUCUCCUCACAAGCGUGGCUGGUUUAUUCACCCAAUGGGCAGCAGUGGGACCUUUCCAAUGUGGAUGAUGUUUGCCUCUGCCAUUCCUGCCCUCCUGGUCUUCAUUCUUAUCUUCAUGGAGACACAGAUCACAACGCUGAUUGUAAGCAAGAAGGAAAGAAAACUGCUAAAAGGCUCUGGCUUCCACCUGGACCUGCUGCUCAUUGGCACUAUGGGGGGACUUUGUGCACUCUUCGGGCUGCCCUGGCUAACUGCAGCAACAGUGCGCUCUGUCACCCACGUCAAUGCCCUUACAGUCAUGAGCAAGGCCAUUGCACCAGGAGAGAAGCCCAAGAUCGAGGAGGUGAAGGAGCAGCGUGUGACUGGAGUGCUCAUUGCUACCCUUGUCGGUCUGUCCAUUGUGAUGGGGAACAUGCUGCGGCAGAUCCCACUGGCUGUGCUCUUCGGCAUCUUCCUCUACAUGGGGGUUACUUCGCUCACUGGCAUCCAGCUCUACGAGCGGCUACUCUUGAUCUUCAUGCCAUCCAAGCACCACCCUGACCACAUCUAUGUUGUCAAGGUGAAGACCUGGAGAAUGAAUCUCUUUACCUGCAUUCAACUGGCAUGCAUUGUGCUUCUCUGGGUGGUGAAAUCUACAGUGGCAUCCCUGGCCUUCCCCUUCGUCCUGAUCAUGACAGUGCCAUUGCGACGCUUCGUGCUGCCCCGCUUCUUCCAUGACAGGGAGCUCAAAGCGAGCCCGGUCUCUGCCUUUCCCCAGUUGGACUCGGAGGAUGCAGAGCCAAACUUUGACGAGGACGGCCGGGAUGAGUACAACGAGCUGCACAUGCCUGUGUGAGCUGGAAGCUGUCCUCCCAGCUCAUGGGACAGGCCACUCAUGCCUGCUCAUCCCUGCCAAGGACUAACUGGAGACUUGCCAUGAGUCACGCGAUCUCUUGCCUGGACCAACAAAUGGCUGUUCCAUAGCCCUGCAGGAAGCAGCCCCGGCUCCUGCUGCUCCAUCGCUCGCUCAGCAGAGGCUGUGAGUCUCUCUCCUCUUGGACCUGGUGGGCUGGGAGAUACCUCUCACAUCCCAAAGCUGCGUGGGUCCCGAGUGCCCGUGGGUCAGGGGUCUGGCCCAUCCCUGCUGGACGCGGCCUGUGCCUGGUCUCCAGGUGGUGAAGGGGAGCCAUGCCAGCUGGUGCCACUGUGUCUCCCUCCACUACCAUGGAGCUCGGGUGUCUCAGCACCACGUGCUACCAAGCGGUCACAAGGAUGGGCUGGAUGCUGCCUGCAGAUGGCCAGUGGGCUUCUCCCAGGCCAGCAGCCUCCUUCCUUGGCUGGUGGAUGCCUUGCUCCUGCUCCCUCUGCCCACUUCCAGGAGUGCUCACACUGGGCCUGUGCCACAGCCCUUGGUCAACGGCUGCUGCAGCCCGACAGAAGGGCAAGGAGGGACCAGCACCCUGGCACUAUCCUCCAGACCAUCAUCUGUCCAGCCAUCCUCCCACAGGACUGUUUUCAGCUCUUGCUCGGCAUGGGGGAGACUGUUUGCUUCCUCCCAAUUUUCCCAACAGAAAACCACACAGGGAGGGAAGGCUGGGGACAAGCAGGUAUCCUGAAGCCCCCAGUGCCUGCCCUCCUGUGGAGACUAAGAGGAUUACUGUGCCUUCUGCACCUCCACAGAGGUUGCAGGGGUAAAAGCUUAUCACAGGGCUGCAUCCCUGUUCCUGAUCUCCACAUUCCUGUCCCUGAGAACAAAUGUUAUUUGAGAAGUUAAUACAAGAGAUGCAGUGCUGGAGCACAAAACAGUCCUUUGGGUCCUCUCCCUUUCCCUGUGCAGUCAUCCACUGGGUCUGACUCCCUGCAGCCCUACAAGGAAGUCACUGAAAUUCCCAGCCCCAGUUCUGCUGCCAUUCCAGGGUGACCUUUCACAUCCAGGGGUGCCCUCCAAGUAGGAAGGAGCAGCAUUCAGUAUGCCCAGCACUCAGCCCCCAUUGCUCUGGGCAGCUCCAAACACCUUUCUGCCUGGCUGGGCUGUCCCCGGGCUCUCCCAGGCCAGCAGCCCUCAUUCAGAGCUGCCUCAGAAACUGCCGAUGGUACCCUUGCUGCCUGUGGCAGCUCUGAGGGUAGUGCCAGAGGACAUGGGCACCCAAGCCUCUCCCUGAUGGUCAGAGCCAGAGUGGCCUUCUUGGAGGAGGCUGGGAUGCUUGCUUCACCAUUGGAUUGGGACAAGCCGCUGCCCCAGUUCCUACUUAUCAGCCUGGCUCCUGCGAGAGAAGGUGGGUGCUUCGUUACUGGGAGGGUCCGACACCUUCCCUGGGAGGCUGCAGAAAUAUCCCACCAGAGAGAGAAACCUCCCCACGCGGCAGGUUCCUGCCCCACAGCCUGGCCCCACUGCAGGGCAUGGGGCAGAGAGACAGUCUCUGUGUGUCUGUGGCCGUGUGUGUCAUGUCCUCCCCAUGUAGUGUAGGAGGCCUGUUGUCGCUGUGCAUUGUGACUCCUCUGACUGUAGUGGAAACAGCUACACCAAUAAACUCUUCACAGGA